AAAAAACCAGUAGCAGCUGAGAAAUUGCGCUGUGCUGCGCGCACGCCGCACUAGAGACUCGCCGGAGCGUGCUACUGCAUCCUCGCGCUGCGAUCUCCAGCGCUCCCUAGAAAAACGGCGGAUCGCGAGUCCAAAAAGCGGCCUGCACCGGAGGCACCGGAGGCCACCACUGAAGACAAAAAAGCAGCCGCCACGACGCAGCUGCUCGCCUCGAACGCGGCCGUGACCGACGCGGAUCUCGACGCGCUGCUCCCGGACGAGGGCUACGAGACGCUCGCAAAGCCGGAGGCGCCAAAAACGAACGCGGCCGUGACCGACGCGGACCUCGACGCAAUCCUUCCGAACGAAGGCUACGAAACGCUCACACCACCAAAGAAGAACGAUGCUGAGCCAAAAGGCUGACCGCGCGCUGGCCGGCCCGGUAGCCUUCGGCCUGCUGGUGACGCCCGUGUGCCUUGGGAUCUACGCGGCGGCGAAGGCGAACCACCUCUGGGGGACGAAGCGCGGCGCGCAGGAGCGGAGCCUGGUGUCGAUGCGGUUUUUGUUAAGGGCGCUCAUCCGGAGCUGCUUCUGGCUGAAGGUCGAAGAACCGGAAGAGGAGGACUGGAAGGAGCUCGCCCUCCCGCAAGAUAAGGGGUGCAUCCUCAUGUUCAACCACACGUCCAUGUUCGACGGGUUCCUCAUGGCGGCGAUCAUGCCAUCGGCGCUCUGCCGGCGCUGCAAGUCGCUCAUGGCGGCCUACACCUUCAAGACGCCCGUGCUCGGCGAGAUUUUUAGAUUGGUGGGCCACGAGCCCGUCUACUUUUUGAAAGAUGACGAGGGCAAGUUCUCCGUGGACAAGACGCGGCAAGCACCCGUCAACGAGCGCAUCCGGGCGCACGUCGCGGGCGGCGGCGUGCUCGCGUUCUGCCCGGAGGGCACCGUGAACCGUAAAGAUCAAACGAAGUGCCUGCCGCUGCGCCGCGGCUCGUUCCAGCUCGCCGUGGACCUGCGCUUGCCGAUCUACGGCAUCAGCGCGCUGGGCCAGCACCGCUUCUGGCCCUGGAAGGGCGCGCCGGGCCACCCCGCGACGAUCCGCGUGAAGCUCUACGCCGUCGACGCGUGGAACGACAUGCUGGAGGCGGGCGAGGGCAAAGGCGCGACGGCGACCGACGUCGCGGACCUGGCGCAGGAGGCCAUGCAGGCGUCGGUCGACGCGCUCUCGGCGCAGCCGCUGCCGCCGAACGACCCCGAGUCGCCGGGGAGGAAGGGCCGCUGAACAAGCGGCCGGUCGCAAGGAAAAGAUAGGCAAGUAGAUAGGCACCCCGCCGGCGGCGGGGGCAAGUGACAUAAGCUCUGAUGUGUGAGG